GAUCGUAAUGUUAGUUUGCCGUAAAAAGGUGCGCCGGCAGUGACGGACGCGGGACAGUCGUUUGGUGAGUGGGGAUGAUAGCAAGCUGCACUGCUUUGGCCUCAGCUCCUCUGCUGUGGGUGUGUGUCACGGUUGAUGUGGUAAAACGGCGUGAACAUGAGAAUUGGAGCUGGCCAAGCCUGGAACCCUUUCCAAAACUACACACUGUAACCACUGGUUAGACUUGCCAGGCGAAAAGUCAACGCACGCUUGCUGAAAAACAUCCAGACCAACUCACAGGAUAUGCGUGCGGCUUAAGUGUCCGGCAGUGUGCCUGUGCAUGCUGUCAUUUGUCUUGUCAUAAUAAUAUACGACAGAAUAAUACAGAGUUGUUAAGUAUAUUUCUAAAUAAGGGUGGUUUUUACGGAGUUACAUUUCAUGUAUGACAACCUUUUGAAAUUACAUUAUAUAAAAUGAAAAAAAAUGCAGGGCUCCCAGAAUAUAAACUGCUUUCCCUUUCUUCACCCACAUCUAAAAUACUCCUACCUCAUAUAUUUUACUGCAUGUUGUUUAUUCCUUUAUUUCAGUACAUGUUUCAGAUUUUUCAUGUCUGAUUUCAGACCCACUCAGCCUCCAGUCCUCCAGUCAGAAAACCACAGAUGAGUGACUUUGAAGAAGAGCAGAAUCUUGCCGGCGGCGACUUUGGGUCUGUGGACCCUUUGUGGCACAAAAAGACAGGUCAGUCUUUUGCCAUGAAGAUGAUAGAUCAGAAGAGUGUGACCACACCUGCAAAGGCCCAGCAGCUGUUCGUGGAGCGCGACAUUCUCACCUUUGCUGAAAAACCCUUCAUUAAGGCCGGUUCAUUUGAGACAAACAUGUACCCUGGCUUUGUGGUGAAUUAUGUCGAAGGUCCGAAUUGUGAGUCCCAGCUUGAUGACUUGAAGCAUUUUCCAGUGGACAUGGCCCGAUUUGUAUGUGGCAGAAACAGUCAUGACUCUCAAGUACCUCCACAGCCUUGGUAUUGUGCACGGAGACCUCAAACCCGCAAACAUGUUGAUCAGCGCCACAGGUCACAUCAAAUUGACAGACUUUGGAAUUUCCAAGAUCGGUCCAGUGAACUUGACAACAGAGCGUCAUCAAGGAUCCAUACUUGAUCUAGAGAGAGAGUUUACUGACAGAGAGACGUAUGGAACUGAAGUGUACAUCGCCCCAGAAAUGAUUCUCGAAGAGGGUUACGGGAAGCCUAUAGACUGGUGGGCUCUGGGCAUCAUUCUGUACCAGUUCCUGCUUGGCGUUGUCCCUUUCAAUGGAUGCAGGUUGCUGGAACUGUUUACGCAAGUGCUUACACAUAAGCUCACUUGUCCAGAGGAAGAACAUGACCUCUCUCCUGAAGAAGAAACCUGCGGAGUGCCUGGGUACAAGAGGAGCACAUGAGGUGAAGGACCAUCCAUUUUUUCAGAACCUCAACAUGGACAACCUCCUGAUGAGGUUCCUCUGUACAUCCCCGAGUUGGAGUAUGAGGAUACCUGCUCUGAGAACGAU